AUGUUAUUUGGGGUAAAAGAAGACAUGGCUCCCCAGGAGCUCACCCGGCGACUGGCCACAGUGACCACUCACGUCGAUGAAAUUAUGCAGCAGGAAAUCAGGCCCUUGUUGGCAGUGGAUAUAAUUGAACAACUUCACAGACAAUUUGCCAUUCUUUCAGGAGGCCGAGGGAAAGAUGGUGCUCCAAUCAUCACUUUUCCAGAGUUUGUGGGCUUCAAACACAUCUCAGAUGAGGACUUUCUGAAUGUCAUGACCUACCUGACUAGCAUCCCCAGUAUGAAGGCUGCUGGCAUCGGGUUCAUCAUUGUUAUCGACAGACGAAGGGACAAGUGGAGCUCCAUAAAAGCAUCCUUGACACGAAUAGCUGUAGCAUUCCCUGGAAACUUGCAGCUCAUAUUCAUCCUUCGUCCAUCUCGCUUUAUCCAGAGGACAAUCACUGACAUUGGGAUUAAAUACUAUCAAGAAGAAUUUAAAAUGAAAGUACCGAUCGUUAUGUUAAAUUCUGUCUCUGACCUUCAAGGCUACAUUGACAAAAGCCAACUGACAGAGGACUUAGGGGGAACUCUGGAAUAUCGCCACAGCCAGUGGAUCAAUCAUCGAACGGCCAUCGAAAACUUUGCCUUGGCAUUGAAGACCACUGCCCAGAUGCUUCAGGUGUUCGGGGCCCGCCUGGGCGCGACAGAGCUGCCCAGAGGUGUGCCGUGCACCGCAGAGCUGCUCACGUCCCACACAAAGCAGCGGGACAAGCUGCAGGAUGAGCUAAAAUUACUUGGAAAGCAAGGGGCCACCUUGCUGUCAUGUAUUCAAGAACCAAGAACCAAAAGUCCCAUCAGGAAGCUAAAUCUCAAUCAACUUGAGAAUGUGGCUACCAUGGAAAGGCUACUAGUUCAGUUGGAUGAAACAGAAAAAGCCUUUCGUCAAUUUUGGUCCAAGCAUCACCUGAAGCUUAGUCAAUGCCUACAACUACAGCACUUUGAGCACAAUUUUUGUGAGGUUAAGCUUGCCCUGGACAACUUGUUGGCAGAGCAAGCAGAAUUUACAGACAUUGGAGACAGUGUGAUGCAUGUGGAGCGACUUCUUGAGGAACACAAACAACUGGAAAGAAAAGGCCAGGAGUCCUUGGAAAAAGCCCAGCUGCUUGCAGUGAUCGGGGACCAGUUCAUCCAGAGCCACCACCAUGCAGCGGACUCCAUCAGGCCCAAGUGCGCGGAGCUCAGGCACCUCUGCGAUGACUUCUCCAAUGAAAACAAGAAAAAACACGACAUUUUAGAGAAGUCUCUGGAAUUACAUAGACAGCUGGACAAGGUCAGCCGGUGGUGUGAAGCGGGGAUCUACCUCUUGGCUUCCCAAGCUGUAGACAAGUACCAGUCUCGAGAGGGUGUUGACGUCGCCCUGACCGACAUCGAGGCAUUCCUGGACACAGCGAGGGAGGACCCGCUGCCCAGCCCCAAGGAGAUUUACAACCAGUUUGAGCUGAUUCUCACCGCUGAUGUGAAGGCCAAUGCCCAGAAAGUCUUACAGAAGCUGGGUGAUGUGCAGAACAUUUUCCAGAAGAGGCAAAUGAGUCUGAUGAAACUGGCAGCCAGACAGACCCGCCCAGUGCAACCUGUGGCCCCCCACCCUGAGUCCUCCCCAAAAUGGGUGUCACCAAAAACCAGCCAGCCUUCCGCCUUGGCUCCUCUUCAGAAAACAUCUGAGGAACCUUAUGCAGAAACAGAUUUGGACUUCCUAGUAAAGAAAGAUGACAAGACUAAAUAUGAAGGCAAGAAUGAAGAAAUACUUGAAUGCAGUUGUGAUGGGGAGAAUCCUGAGCAGGAGCAGCUGGACAGUCCUGAAAAUCUUUCCCCCCGCAGGUGCCUUAUACGUGACUUGCUUGAGACUGAAAAGGUUUAUAUAAAAGAAAUGAAGAGCAUAAUUGAUGGAUACAUCACUCCAAUGGAUUAUACUUGGCUGAAGCAUCUGAUUCCGGACGCUCUUCAGAACAACAAGGAUGUUCUCUUUGGGAAUAUUAGAGAACUUUACGAAUUUCACGACAGGAUUUUCCUAAAGGAAUUGGAAAAGUGCACUGAGAAUCCCAAACGUCUGGCUCGUUGCUUUCUCGAGAGAAAAGAAGAUCUUCAGAUAUAUUUUAAAUACCACAAGAAUCUGCCCCGAGCUCAGGCAAUCUGGCAAGAAUGUCAAGACUGCGCCUACUUUGGGGUAUGCCAGCGCCAAUUGGAUCACAAUCUCCCUCUUGUCGAGUAUCUUAGAGGCCCCAGCCAGAGACUUCUGAAAUAUCAGAAACUGUUGAAGGGUCUGCUGGAUUUGGAGUCUCCUGAGGAUUUGGAGAUAGAGCCAGGUGACCUAGAAGGAGGUUCGGCUAAGGGCAUUUGGUUUCCACAGGAUGGGCCACAGAGGACCCAGGCUCCCGCGUUCUUGGCUGACCGGCAGCAGGCUUUGGCCAUGAUAGAGGAGCUGAUCAGGUCCUGUGAGCUGGCCGUGGACCUGGCGGCGGUCACUGGAUGCCCGGAGGACAUCCGAGAGCUGGGCAGGCUGCUGAGGCACGGCCCGUUCAGCGUCUGGACCGUGCACAAGGAGCGCUCCAAGAUGAAGGGGUUCAUUCGGUUUAAGCCCAGCCAGCGGCAGCUCUAUCUGUUUGAGAGGGGGAUCGUGUUCUGCAAGAUACGGAUGGAGCCCAGUGACCAGGGCCUGGCCCCUCGUUACAGCUUUAAGAAGUCUGUGAAGUGGACGACACUUUCAAUUCACCAGCUUGAAAGGGGGAGCAACAGAAAGUUUGAACUUGUCAGCCGAAAUGGACUUGAGAAAUACGUCCUGCAGGCAGCUUCCAAAGAAAUCAGAGAUUGCUGGUUUUCGGAAAUAAGUAAAUUAUUGAUGGAACAACAAAACAAUAACAAAGGCUGCUCCCGUGGGGCGUGCGUCUCUGCGGAAAGCUUUGAAGAAGGCGAAGGGGCAGGAGACCUGGAGAAGGAGAGCAGCGCUCUGGGGCUCUCCGGCCUUUUCCAGUUGGACGACAGCGAUGACACCUGCUCCCCCAAGUCCGCUCCGGACCCGGGGGAGCGCGUCCCGGGAGGAAAGGGAGGUGACGAUUAG